AUGUCAGGAAACAAUACGACACUCUUGGCUACUGCGAUGGUCAACGACACCAUGGCUGCUUUUAACCGCACUUAUUCACCGUUAGCGCUGAACCAAGAGUGGCCUAAAUUAGUACGCUUGAUAGUCGUGCUGAUCCUUUCCAUCUUUGGCACCAUCAUGAAUGGAUUUUUCAUUUGCUCCUUUUUUGUGGAGAAAAAUUUGAAGCGGAAAGGUAAUGUGUUCCUGGCCUUGGUGGGUUCUUCUGACUUAAUAAUAUGCCUAGUCGUCAUGCCGGCUUGCGCGGCAACCCUAUUAUCGGACCAAUUGGACAACCCAGAUGUCUGCCACGCUGUACAGUUCGUAACUGAGGCAGCGGCCUACUCAUUUACAUUCUUUUUUUUGAUAACAGCGAUUGAGCAAUAUUGCCAAAUGGUUUGUUCAGAAGAGUCCACUAAAAAGUUCGUGAACCUGGCCGUCAAUCUCGGGAUAUUCCUGGUGUAUGGCAUCAGUUUCGGAUUUGCCGCUUACGGAGUGUAUGAAGAACUCGAUUACGACUACUGUCAGCGACUGCAUUACGGUAGUUUUAAUUAUAGAUCAUACACCUUAAUCUUUUUGCAUGUUGUACCAUGCGUUAUAACCAUGUCUGUAUUGCUAGUAGCAACACUUCAUGUGAAACAACACGGCUCUGAAGAAAUUUCUUACCGAAGGUCAGAAAGGUACGACGACGAUUAUUGCCGAUCUAUUUUAAAUAUGUUGACAUUCUCCCUAUACGUGAUUGUGUGGCUACCCUAUUUGAUAAUUCUUUAUCGGCAGCCUGAUACGACCGACCAAAAGUUUUACCGGUACGCUUGGUUAGGAAUUAGCAGAUCCGUUUUCACCAGCAUCUUUUAUAGCACUCUGAGUAAAGAUUUUCAGCGUGCUUACAGUUUCCUCUGCAAUUACUGUUUCUGCAAAACCACUGUCACAACCUCUGACUAUUCGAAUAACAGAAGGGCUAGGCGUGCGGCUAUUGCCGAAGCAGGUCUUAAUGCCCCUAUCGAAAGAUGCCCCGCUCAAGAGCCACGCCCCCCGCGAACACCUUCGCCUGAGGCUAUAGAAUUAUGAGUGUCUGCCCCGCACCGACAAACACGCCAAUCUGUCAGGUGCAACUCU